CUUCUCUCCCUAGGGGUCUUCCUGAUCCCCUACACCCUCAUGCUGGUCUUCACGGGCCUUCCCCUCUUCCUGAUGGAGCUCAGCCUGGGCCAAUACGGGGCCACGGGGCCCGUCAGCGUCUGGAAGUGCUGCCCCCUCUUGAAAGGGAUCGGAGUCGGGAUGUUGGUGGUCUCCUCCCUGGUCUCCCUCUACUACAACGUCAUCAUUGCCUGGACCUUCUAUUACCUGAGCAUGUCCUUCCAGAGCCCCCUGCCCUGGUCCUGCGACGCCCCACCCAACCGGCCCCUCUGCCAGGCGCAG